CUGACUUCCGGACUGUGCGUUCCACAUGCAGGAAGUGAGUUUUCAUCGACUGCUGCAGCCUCCCAGUGUCCGUGGAAAUCAGGCUCUUCCACAGAUACGGAGACAGUUCCACCGGAGGGGGAGUAUAAAGAGGAACACAGGGGUCUGUACAAGGACGUGAUGAUGGAGAAUCACCGGCCCCUCACAUCACUGGAUGGGCCCAGUAACAGAGAUACCCCAGAGAGAUGUCCCCGUCCUCUGAAUUCCCAGGAUUGUACAGAGGAGAAUCACAGGAUCCCACAGGAGGAUCAGGUAGAACGUCUUUCUCGUAUAAAGGCAGAAGAUAAAAGGAGAGAAGAAGAGACGUAUGUGACUGAUAUAAAGGCAGAAGAUAUAGAGGGAGAAGAAGAGACGUAUGUGACUGAUAUAAAGGCAGAAGAUAAAAGGAGAGAAGAAGAGACGUAUGUGACUGAUAUAAAGGCAGAAGAUAUAGAGGAAGAAGAAGAGACGUAUGUGACUGAUAUGAAGGCAGAAGAUACAGAGAGAGAAGAAGAGACGUAUGUGACUGAUAUAAAGGCAGAAGAUAUAGAGGGAGAAGAAGAGACGAAUGUGACUGAUAUGAAGGCAGAAGAUAUAGAGGGAGAAGAAGAGACGUAUGUGACUGAUAUAAAGGCAGAAGAUAUAGAGGGAGAAGAAGAGACGUAUGUGACUGAUAUAAAGGCAGAAGAUAUAGAGGGAGAAGAAGAGACAUAUGUGACUGAUAUAAAGGCAGAAGAUACAGAGGGAGAAGAAGAGACGUAUGUGACUGAUAUAAAGACUGAAGAUAUAGAGGAAGAAGAAGAGAAGUAUGUGACUGAUAUAAAGGCAGAAGAUCUAGAGGGAGAAGAAGAGACGUAUGUGACUGAUAUGAAGGCAGAAGAUACAGAGGGAGAAGAAGAGACGUAUGUGAGGGGUGAUCAGCAGUGUAAAGAGGAGGAGAUCCCUACAGAUAUCAGCACAGCAGAUGGACCCACAAGCAGGAAUAUCUCAGAAGGACAUCUAAUGUUAUCCCUGGAUUGUGAAAUAACAGAUAACGACAGUAGACAGGAUUCUCCAGGAGAUAACCUCAUUAUCCCAAUUAUACAUCCAGCUCUAUCAACUGAUCCCCCUGAUCCUGGGAAAUCUUCUCCUGAUCACUCUGAUAUUGGUGCAUCUAUUACAGCUCUGAGAUUAGAUACAGAGUUUCCCUGUUCUACAGAUGCCAAAUGUUUUACACAGAACACAAACCGUAUUACUCAUCAGCCAGCUAAGGCAGGUGAGAGGCUAUUUCCAUGUUCUGAGUGUGGGAAAUGUUUUACAUAUAAAUCAGAUCUUGUUACACAUCAGAGACGUCACACUGGUGAGAAGCCAUUUCCAUGUUCUGAGUGUGGGAAAUUUUUUACAAGUAAAUCAAAUCUUGUUGCACAUCAGAGACGUCACACAGGUGAGAAGCCGUAUUCCUGUUCUGAGUGUGGGAAAUGUUUUGCACAGAAAUCUGAUCUUUUUAAACAUCAGAGAAGUCACACAGGUGAGAAGCCGUAUUCCUGUUCUGAGUGUGGGAAAUGUUUUGCAUCGAAAUCAUAUCUUGUUACACAUCAGAGAAGUCACACAGGUGAGAAGCCGUAUUCCUGUUCUGAGUGUAUGAAAUGUUUUCCACAGAAAUCAGAUCUUAUUACACAUCAGAGAAGUCACACUGGUGAGAAGCCAUUUCCAUGUUCUGAGUGUGGGACAUUUUUUGCAUCGAAAUCAAAUCUUGUUACACAUCAGAGAAGUCACACAGGUGAGAAGCCGUAUUCCUGUUCUGAGUGUGGGAAAUGUUUUGCACAUAAAUCGUCUCUUUUUAAACAUCAGAGAAGUCACACAGGUGAGAAGCCGUAUUCCUGUUCUGAGUGUGGGAAAUUUUUUGCAUCGCAAUCAAUUCUUGUUACACAUCAGAGAAGUCACACAGGUGAGAAGCCGUAUUCCUGUUCUGAGUGUGGGAAAUGUUUUGCAUCAAAAUCAAAUCUUGCUGCACAUCAGAAAAGUCACACAGAUGAGAAGCCGUAUUCCUGUUCUGAGUGUGGGAAAUGUUUUGUAUCGAAACCAAAUCUUGUUACACAUCAGAGAAGUCACACAGGUGAGCAGCCAUAUUCCUGUUCUGAGUGUGGGAAAUGUUUUGCACACAAAUCAUCUUUUGUUAGUCAUCAGAGAAGUCACACAGGUGAAAAGCCGUAUUCCUGUUCUGUGUGUGGGAAAUGUUUUCCACAGAAAUCGGCUCUUGUUACACAUCAGAGAAGUCACACAGGUGAGAAGCCGUAUUCCUGUUCUGAGUGUGGGAAAUGUUUUAGACAGAAAUCACAUCUUGUUACACAUCAGAGAAGUCAUACAGGUGAGAAGCCAUUUUCAUGCUGUGAGAGAAAUAUAUAUGUUGAACAUAUUAGACAUUACCCAAGCACGGAACCAUUUAAAUCUUCUGGAGUAUAAUUAUCACUGUCAUGCAAUGUUCCUCAAGGGUCAAUCCUAUCUCCUAUCUUCAUGCAAUAUACAGUCUGGUCCAUAUAUAUUGGGACAUCGACACAAUUCUCAUAUUUUGAGCUCUAUACACCACCACAAUGGAUUUGAAAUUAAACAAACAAGAUGUGCUUUAACUGCAGACUUUCCGCUUUAAUUUGAGGGUAUAUACAUCAAAAUCAGGUGAACGGUGUAGGAAUUAAAAUGGUUUUUAUAUGUGCCUCCCACUUUUUAAGGGACCAAAAGUAAUGGUACAAACUAAACAAUCCUAAAUCAAAUAUUGUAAAUCAGAUCAGUGCGAUCGUCCAGAUCAACAAAAAAUACUUUACUACUUAAUGUGGUCGCAGCCCGGAUCAGUGUUUCGUGAAUUGAGCUUUGACAUAUUUUCCAAGGGCGAUCUGAUUACCAUCUCCUAGAUGAAGACCUGGAUACAAUAUCCAUACUGAUAUGCAAAUAUUUAUCUGGUACGCAUAUAAAUUUUGUGUGAUAACUGAAUUUAAUCCCACAUACGGAAAUAUACUACGCUAUAUAACGAUUCUUUGUGUCUCCUAGCAGCAUUUAGAUCCCAGUAGUAACCUGGACUAAAGAAUGGGGGACUGAUACGCCAUGUGUCAAGCCGUAAUCCGUACGCUAUAAUAUUCUUGCGUGUGACAAAACUAGUGAUAAGCGGAUUCGGUUUUACUCUGUUCUCAAAACGGCAUCUUAUUGGCUUACAGAUGUCAUGUGUUUUGUAUAGCCAAUAAGAUUCUGUUUUGAGAUCCGAGUAAAACCGAAUCCGCUCAUCACUAGACAAAACUGAUUGAAAAAUACUACACCAUAGUCGCUCUCUUGUUUCUUCCUUUGAUUCCAAAAUCCUAAAUCAAACUUUUACUUUUUAAUAUUUUGUUGCAAAUCCUUUUGUCAGUUACAGCCUGAAGUCUGGAACGCAUAGACAUCACCAGACGCUGGGUUUCAUCCCUGGUGAUGCUAUGCCAGGCCUCUACUGCAACUGUCUUCAGUUCUUGCUUGUUCUUGGGGCAUUUUCUCUUCCGUUUUGUCUUCAUCAAGUGAAAUGCAUGCUCAAUCGGAUUCAGGUCAGGUGAUUGACUUGGCCAUUGCAUAACAUUCCACUUAUUUGCCUUAAACGCUUUGGUUGCUUUCGCAGUAUGCGUCGGGUCAUUGUCCAUCUGCACUGUGAAGCGCCUUCCAGUGAGUUCUGAAGCAUUAGACUGUAUAUGAGCAGAUAAAAUUUCCCAAAACACUUCAGCAUUCAUCCUGCUGCUUUUAUCAGCAGUCACAUUAUCAAUAAAUACAAGGGAACCAGUUCCAUUGGCAUCCAUACAUGCCCACGCCAUGACACUUCCACCACCAUGCUUCACUGAUGAGCUGGUAGGUUUUGGAUCAUGAGCAGUUCCUUUCCUUCUCCAUACUCUUUUCUUCCCAUCACUCUGAUACAAGUUGAUAUUUGUCUCAUCUGUCCAUAGGAUGUUCCAGAACUGUAAAGGCUUUUUUAGAUGUUGUUUGCAAACUCUAAUCUGGUCUUCCUGUUUUAUUGCUCACCAAUGGUUUACAUCUUGUGGUGAACCCUCUAUAUUCACUCUUGUGAAGUCUUCUCUUGAUUGUUGAGUUUGACACAUAUACACCUAUCUCCUGGAGAGUGUUAUUGAUCUGGGCAACUGUUGUGAUGGGGUUCGUGCUAUUUAGUACACUAGUAGUGUACUAAAUAGCAUGAACAGCUUGUAACGUAGAGUGGCAAGUUUAAUCUUUCUAUGUAUAAUGGAGAGAAAUAAAAGCUCCUCCCUACGUUCCUGGAUGCCAAAUCACUGUCCUUAGUAUCUCUGUACAGUUUUUUCUAUUAGAGUACUAAUUAGCAGGAACAGCUUAUAAUGUACAACACAGAUUCUCUAACGCCGACGAUCUACAGUACUGUGUUGCUCGAACAGUUAGUUGCGUCAGAAUACACUAAUUUAUAUCUACUGUUAUGUCUAUACGUGCUCAUUACCUGCAGAUUUACCCCGAUUUGUGUGAAACCUGUGUGCACCCUUCUGUUGAAUGUUUUACAAUGGAUUACACAAAAAAAAUAAUAAAGUGAAUGUCAUUGGAACACAAAAAAAAUUGACACUUUGGGAAUCGAACCCGGUACUCAGCGUGGCAGACCGGAGCCUUCAUCGCUAGCCCACAGC